CACCACCCACCCCUGUCCUCCUGCCCUCCCCCAGCCCAUGGACGCGUCUGCCCAGUGCGACCCCUCUCCCUCCGAGGGUCCCCAGGGGGGCCUCUCGGCCCCCCCACACCGGCCCGGUGUGGUCGCCACCGCCGGCGUCACCGCCGGCGUCACCGCCGGCGUCACCGCCACAGCCAGCACCACAGCGUUUGGGACAGGAGUGGUUCAGCUCAAACGCUGUCGUGAGGACCGUGCUGAUGCAGCAGCAGCAGCAGCAGCAGCCUCAGCAGCCGCGGCUGCCGAUGCAAUGGAAGCUUCAUCGGCGGCAUCGUCAUCGGCGCCAUCGGCGAUGGGCACGGCUGGCGGCGGCGGCGGCGAUGGCGCCGGGAGGGCCGACGUCGAGGGAGGGGAGCCCAAGAGGAAGCGUCCUUGCAUUGCUACCCUACAGGAGGGAGUGGUUCCUGAGGAGAGCCGUGGAGACCCCCAGCAGGAGAGUGUGGGGCUACACACGGACCCUCACGCACAGGAAGCGCCGUCGCCGCACGACACGGACGUCCCAACGAGCGGCGCCUCCCUCACCAGCGCCUCCCUCACCAGUGCCGCCCUCACCAGUGCCGCCCUCACCAGUGCCGCCCUCACCAGCGCCACCGCCCUCACCAGCGCCACCGCCACGGUGGCGGAGGUGAUCGUGAUCGACAGCGAGGAGGAGGACGAGGACGAGGAGGAGGAGGAGGAGGAAGAGGAAGAAGAGGAGGAGGAAGAUGAGGACGAGGAGGAGGAGGAGGAGGAAGAGGAGGAGGAGGAUGAGGAGGGAGGAGAUGAGGUGGAGGGAGAGGACGAAGAGGAGGAGGAGGAAGAGGACGAGGAGGAGGAUGAAGACCUCGUGGGGCAGGGAGGGUACGAGGCUGGGGAUGCACAGGUACGUGAUGACGGAGUUGACGAGGAGGAGGAGGAGGAUGAUGGGGAUGAUGGUGAUGAUGAUGAUGGGGAUGAUGGCGGUGAUGACGAUGGUGACGACGCCAUCCAGGACGAUCCGACGUCUGGCGAUGCGAUGGAAGAGCUGGUGGAUGAGGAAGAAGAAGCUAUGGACGAUGUUGGAGCGGAAAGUGAAACGUCACAAUCCCAGGACCUGGCUCUCUCCAGCGCUCCCGCUGAUGACGCCUCCUCCGACGCCCCCCUCGAGGGCUCCCUCGGGACGGCCCCUGGGGCGGCCCCUGGGGCAGCCUCUGGGGCAGCCUCUGGGGCAGCCCCUGGGGCGGCCCCUGGGGCAGCCUCUGGGGCAGCCUCUGGGGCAGCCCCUGGGGCAGCCUCUGGGGCGGCCUCUGGGGCGGCCUCUGGGGCGGCCUCUGGGGCAGCCCCUGGGGCGGCCUCUGGGGCAGCCUCUGGGGCAGCCUCUGGGGCGGCCUCUGGGGCAGCCUCUGGGGCAGCGCUGCCCCAGCCUCGGCGGCCCUGCCCCCGGAUCCCGUUCCGGAGGCCAUCUGUUGGUGGACGCGUGGGGCCCAUCACUCCAGGCCUCUCCAACGUGCCUCCGUUCGUGUUCGAGGAGGAUGACGGCAUGGUGCCCAGCACUCCUACACUGGGCGUGCCACAACGGACAGACGACUUCGCACAAGCCAUCAA